UCACUCGUCGACUUUUCCUCCAGAAGUUGAAGAUGCCUGAUCCGGUUAAGGCUCCGAAGAAGGGCUCAAAGAAAGCCGUCUCUAAGAGCGUCUCCAAGACCGGCAAGAAGAAGAAGAGGAAGACCAGGAAGGAGAGCUACGCCAUCUACGUGUACAAGGUCCUGAAGCAGGUCCACCCCGACACCGGCAUCUCGUCCAAGGCCAUGCUGAUCAUGAACUCGUUCGUGAGCGACAUCUUUGAGCGCAUCGCCGGCGAGUCCUCCCGUCUGGCUCACUACAACAAGCGCUCCACCAUCACCUCCAGGGAGAUCCAGACCGCCGUCCGCCUGCUGCUGCCCGGUGAGCUGGCCAAGCACGCCGUGUCUGAAGGCACCAAGGCCGUGACCAAGUACACCAGCUCCAAGUAAACCCGCUGUUACACCAGCAACACAAAGGCCCUUUUCAGGGCCCCCACUGCUUCAACUCAGAGCUGCCUUCCUCACUUAUUAACUACAGCUGAUGUCUCUCACUAAACCUCCAUGUUCCUCUCUAUGCAACACAGAAGUGAGGUCAGACCCCCCCCCUC